ACCUGAGUUUCAUAUGUUUUGUUGGGCUGAGUGAAAGCAAUUGUAUCUUGUUUGUUUUUUAUAUAUUUUGUUAAUUAUUAUUUUUUGUUUAGUUUUAUUAAUAUUAUUAACCAGUGUGAAUAACAUUUUUUCGUAUGUCCAAGUGUACCUUUGCCUCAUUUGUGUGUCAAGCUCAUAAAAUACCAAUUAGGAUCAUCACCUCACCUUCACCAUCGCCAUCAUCAUAAUUUUUUUUUUUUGCUUUCCACUUCAUCAUCAACAUAUUACUUUCAUUAUUAGUUGUAUUACACAUACAAGUACAAGUUGCCUGAUCAAAUAUGUUGGUUCCCAUAAAGAGUAAAUUUAUUGCUGAAACCCGUCGAUAUCAUACCAACAAAGAGAGUAUAUCAAAUUUUGACGAUUUUUAUUCGUUUAUUGAGACCAAUCAUUCAUUAGGAAAUGUUGCUUUCUCUGUAUUUUACAUUGACCCUAAUGAAGGAGAUGAAUUACCGAUAAACAAUAAUGAGAAUUUGGGUCGAGCAAUUGAAGUAACUUUAGCUACACCGGUAAAACCUUGUCUUCGGUUGAUCCUUUCUAGAAAAGAUAUUCCUUUGGAGAAGGAAUAUUCUUUUAAGAAAAAGAAUAAUUUUCUCAAUGAAUUCAUUCCUUUUAAUUAUUCAUCUUCCCAUCGUAUUCGUCCACAAAUUGGUUUACCUCAAGAUUUUAGGGAGGUUUCUUCUAUUAUUGAUGUUGACAUUGUUCCAGCAUCUUGUCGACGGGUUCGCCUUAUUAAACACAGUUCCGAUAAACCGUUGGGCUUUUACAUUCGAGAUGGAAACAGUGUCCGUGUCUUACCCAAUUCCAUUGAAAGAGUUCCUGGAGUUUUCAUCUCCCGUCUUGUGCCUGGAGGUAUAGCCGAAUCUACUGGUCUAUUAUCAAUUAAUGAUGAAAUAUUGGAAGUUAAUGGUAUCGAUGUGACAGGUAAAUCACUAAAUCAAGUAACCGACAUGAUGAUUGCCAACUCUUCCAACCUGAUAAUAACCAUCCGUCCAGCAGUACAAAGUAACCUUAACGGGCCUUUGAAUUCAUCAAUACCUUCAAUUUCCGAUGAUGAAGAUAACGAAAUCCAUGAUAAUUCAUAUUUUUCAUCUUAAUCACCAACCUGAAAAUUUUUUGUUCCCUUUCCCAUCACCAUCACCACCCCUAAAAACAACAACAACAACAACAACAAUCAUCAUCAUCAUCAUCAUCUUCAUCAUCAUUAUCCUUUGCUCACACCUCAAUCCUUAAUUGCCUUACCUGGAUCAAUCAAAAGAAAUACAAUCAACUGUUAAACAGUCAGCAAACUAUCAACUAAACACAUAAAUGCCUUAAUAACGUUCUUGACAUGUUUGUGUGUGUGAAGACAAAGAAAGUUAAAUUUAUAUAAUUAACAAUUAGCAAUUAAACAAACAAAUGUAAUCUAAUAAUCUUAAUCAUCGUAUUUAAUUACAUUAAGUUAGAACACGUGAAAACAGUUGAUCACUUGAUUGUUGUGACGAUUUUCAAAAAUGUAAACCAAUUAUUAUUAUUAUUAUUUGUAAUCAUUGUUUUCUAUUCCCAUCAAGUAAUUAAUUGUUAUCAAAAGUGAUUCUAUUUUCUUUUCAUUAUUAGAUUAGAUAGUUCAUUGAUCUAAUAAACGAUACAUUGAUUAGUUAAAUAAAAAAAAGAGGAUAAACAAUCAACU